UUGCUCUCGGUGAGACAGCAGUGAAUAACGAGUGAACCAGAAAACAAAGAGAUCAACACGCACUCGUCUUCGUGAACUGGUAUGCGUUUGCAGUAUUAUAGGGAUGCCCAAGGAAAAAUAUGACCCGCCCGACCCUAGGCGGAUGUAUACAAUAAUGUCAAGCGAGGAGGCGGCCAGUGGGAAGAAGUCGUACUGGGCGGAGCUCGAGAUAAGCGGUAAAGUGAGGAGUCUGAGCAAUACCUUGUGGUCCUUGACUCACCUCACCGCUCUGCACCUCAGUGACAACUCCCUGUCACGCAUCCCGCCCGACAUUGCCAAACUACACAACCUGGUGUACCUGGACCUGUCGUCCAACAAGAUCAGGAGCCUGCCGGCUGAGCUCGGCAACAUGGUCUCUCUCAGGGAACUGCUUUUAAAUAACAACCAGUUGCGGGUUCUGCCUUUUGAGCUGGGAAAACUCUUUCAGUUACAAACACUGGGAUUGAAAGGAAACCCACUUGCACAAGAAAUCUUGAACCUCUACCAGGAACCUGACGGAACUCGCAGGCUCCUGAACUACCUGCUGGACAACCUAGCAGGCACCAUCAAACGCAUCCCCACAGAGCAGCCCCCCUCCAGGUCCUGGAUCGUACUGCAGGAGCCCGACCGGACACGCCCAUCAGCCCUGUUCUCUGUCAUGUGCUACAACGUGCUCUGUGACAAGUACGCCACGCGCCAGCUCUACGGCUACUGCCCCUCCUGGGCCCUGAACUGGGAGUACAGGAAGAAGUCCAUCAUGCAGGAGAUCCUCAGCUGCAACGCGGACAUCAUCAGCCUGCAGGAAGUUGAAACGGAGCAGUACUACAAGUUCUUCCUGGUGGAGCUGAAGGAGCAGGGGUAUGAGGGCUUCUUCAGCCCCAAGUCCCGAGCCAGAACCAUGUCCGAGUCGGACCGCAAGCACGUGGACGGCUGUGCAAUAUUCUACAGGACGGAGAAGUUCAGUUUGGUGCAGAAACACACUGUGGAGUUUAACCAGUUGGCCAUGGCCAACUCUGAAGGCUCAGAAGCCAUGCUGAACCGGGUCAUGACCAAGGACAACAUCGGAGUGGCAGUUCUGCUGGAGCUACGCAAGGAGAUGAUGGAGCUGUCCUCUGGGAAGUCUCUGCACGGUAUGGAGAAACAGCUCCUCCUGGUGGCCAACGCGCAUAUGCACUGGGACCCGGAAUACUCGGACGUCAAGCUGGUCCAGACCAUGAUGUUCCUGUCGGAGGUGAAGAACAUUGUGGACAAGGCCACGCGCAGCCUCAAGCUGUCCUCGGUUUCCGGGGAGACCAACGCCAUCCCCCUCGUGCUGUGCGCCGAUCUCAACUCCUUGCCUGACUCAGGUGUGGUGGAGUACCUGAGCACAGGUGGGGUGGACUGCACGCACAAGGACUUCAAGGAGCUGCGCUACAGCGACAGCCUGACCAACUUCAACUGCAACGGCAAGAACGGCACGUCCAACGGCAGGAUCACGCACGGCUUCAAGCUGAAGAGCGCCUACGAGAACGGCCUGAUGCCUUACACCAACUACACCUUCGACUUCAAGGGCGUCAUUGACUACAUCUUCUACUCCAAGCCUCAGCUCAAUGUUUUGGGGAUCUUGGGUCCCCUGGAUCCCCACUGGCUCAUUGAGAACAAUAUCAGCGGUUGCCCGCACCCUCAUAUCCCCUCCGAUCACUUCUCUCUGUUUGCACAACUGGAGCUGGUUCUGCCGUACCCGCCACCAGUCAACGGAAUCCACCUGCCAGGCCGCAGGUAGUCCCCCGAGCCACCAGGGGAGCC